AUGACUCACAAAGAGGAUCGUCCCUAUUUUCUCUAUAGCACUGGAUAUCCAACUGAGGAACUAUGCUUAGGCCAUCUCAGUUUUGGAAGCUAUUCGAAACCAACAAGUGACUCGCGGUGGCACAGCUCCAUCGGAAAGCUGAGGUUCGAUACUGCCCGCACUCAGUCCGAAACGGACCUUGAAAAUUGGGCUUACAUUACUGAGCUUGGCCCAUUUACAUACGAGUCAAAGCCUUCUGUUGGCGUCGCGGUUGACUUGAAUGUGCUUGAGAUUGUAACAUUGGGAUCUUCGUUCCGAAGGUCACAACAAACUUUGGUCCACGCAAAAAGGGGGCGACGCAUUAAAUUGAGAGAUCCGCACCGAUUCCUCCUGGAAAAAGUCCUUGCAUCACAGUCCGUAAAAGACUCGCUUGAGAGAUGGCUCAUACUCUCGAAAUUUGGAGUGAAAAAGAGGAUCGUCCGGCCGAAGAUUUGGUACCUGACUGGGCUAUACGAGCUACAAGAUGCAACCAGUACAACCAUUGAUACAAGGGAUGUUUCUUUACAAGCUGGCAUUUCUCCAGAGCUUGUGGCAGCGUUGUCAGGGCCUCCCGUUGGCCCUGGGACGGAGAUUGAAUGGGGUGCGUCUAAACUUCAAUGUACGCAAGGGCAAGGAAGACAAGUAUGGGCAGCAAUGUAUCAGUUGCUAGAUGCCAGAUACUUUCGGCUGAAGGAGAAUGAGCCCAAACCGUCUGUCUCCAUCGCUCUCUCUUAUAAGCCGAUUUGGUCGGAUGGAGAUCUUCGCGGGGCUGACGCACCUGAAGUGGAAGAUUGUGUUGAACUUGCAUUGCAAGAGCCGCAACAAGAUGUAAUCACGGGAGACACAGAAGAAGAAACCGAACUAUAUUGGCAGCCUUUGCUUGAAGCACAAGAAAGAUGGGAGGAGGCAGCCAAAUGGGCGGAUUAG